AUGAAACUGGAGCUACAGAUCAAAGGGGCACACGAGUGUAGAAAUCCUCAUACUAACCCGCCCCUCAGGACCCCUUCCCAAACCUGGGUCAUCCCAGGCUUCAGCUGGGUGGCAAGCAAAGAGCGUCUGCAGGAGGAAUCUCAGAUGCUGCCACCCAGUAACAGUGUGUGCAGUCGCUUCUGCACAGAAGAGGACGUAAAGGAAAUUAAACAACCCGAGGAGGCUGGUGCGGGCCAGCUGUCAGAGUGUGAUGCCUUACCUCGUCUCUUUGGCCACCAGAGAGUUGAAACCCAAGCGUGCAGGAAAUUUCAGCAUCACAGAGCUCUUAUUAAAGUGGGCUCUCUUCCCCAUGGAGACCCUGUCCACAGCAUAAAGAUCCCAUCCAUCACAGUGCAUCAGAAAUCUUCUGUGGUGACCGAGAAGUCCCUUCUUCAGGAAUCAUUCAUCUCCCAAGUGCCAUUAAGAUUACAGAUCAAAGUGUCUGGUCAGAGGGGUAGUUUGGGAAUCAGCAUAGCUGGUGGAAAGGGCUCUCUGCCUUACAAAGAUCACGAUGAGGGCAUUUUUAUUUCCAGAGUAACUGAAGGGGGGCCAUCUGAAAAGGCUGGAAUCCAUGUUGGAGACAGACUGCUAGAGGUCAAUGGCAUCAGCAUGCAGGGGGCGACCCACCACGAAGCGGUCAGCGCCCUCAGGAAUGCUGGGAGUUGCAUCAAGAUGAAAGUACUCAGAGAGAGGCUUCUACCUCGAGUGGUGCGUGACCUGGAUGUGUCUCAGGAUCCUCGGGAUGCGGCUGGACGGCAGCUGUGCAGCCAGCACGGCGGAGGCCGGAGUAAACAGCUCAAGCUGGAGAGCGCAGAAGACUGUGUAUCCAAGAAGAUUGAGGCGGUUGUGUGCAAUGGCAACGGCAUUUCUGAUUUGGAGAGUGAUCUGAAAAGGACUGUGUCUGAGCUGGUGGCGGAGGCUUUAACUAAAAACGAUUUCCUAGCAGGGGGGAAACAGACGAUGACAAUCCCCCGGAUCAUCCUCACUCAUCCCUCUACCUCAGAUGAAGAUGUGGAGCUCUUGACACAAAGCCCCUGCAGAGAACUGCUACGUGACUUUGACGGUCCUGGCAAACGAGUGCACGCUGACCGCUGCGACAGUGCUUUCUGUCCGCCCUGACCACAGAUUGGUGCUGCAGAGAUGAAGGACACAGACUGUUCCUCUCCAGCUCAAUGUUUUAUUUCAGUACUGAAGCUUCACUGAUGUUACUGUGUAGUCUAGGUAUGAAACAGACUGUUGGAAUGUGGUUUUCACUGUCACUGCAAAGCUUGUUUGCCUGUCAGUUUCAACUGCUGCUAAUAGUGUUUAAUAUUUUUUAAAGCUUUAAAUGCUUAUUAGAAAUGUUUUUUUCUCGCAAAACUGAAUUAAAAAGACUGUACAGCUCUGCAAAGUCCACAUAAAAUACAGGUUGUAGCGUCAAAUGUGAUCACUUAAACAGCGAAUGCUUGCUGGAUACCUCUGCUUCACACCACGGAGUGUAAGUUAUGGACGUAGAAGCACACAGUGUCUCCGCCCAUGACAGUGUGAAGCCCUUAAACCUUUUAUAGCCCACGUUGUGAUAAAAUGCUACAUGGAUGAACAGAGUGCACAGCAGGGAGUCUGAAUCCCACAGAGACCUGAGACUGACUGAACUCUGCUUCUCAUCUUCACACACAUGCUGUAUGAGCAAAACGCACACUUGUGAGAUUAUACGCAGAGCCGAGGGAGAGACCGGACACAUCGCAGGAGGAAUCUGCAAUCUCGCUUCCACAGCCCUAGAAUGCUCAGCCCGUAAAUGCAUAAUUACCUCGUGUUACUUUCUCAAUAA